UCGUCCAGUUUAGAAAGAAAUCAAAUUCAGUUGGAUCUAUUGAAUUUUCAGGAUGGGUCGUGCUACUGUGUUACGGAUCAUUGUGCUAAUCACAACCAUAUCGUGGGCAGAUUCUCUCGUUGCACUUCCAGCAGGAAGUUCUCAACAAACACCUUUUCAGGUCAAUAAACUUACGCUAGAAUUGGUAGAAAAGUUUCGACAACAAAUGGCUCGUGGAUUUCCGCUCCUUGAUCUACCCGUGCUGGCACCAUUCACGUGGAAGAAACUUCAUAUCAAUGAUUUUGAUAACAACAUACUCCGAUUAAGCGCGAAGCUAAACGACGGCAUCACACGCGGGCUGGAUGUGUUCGAUGUUACAGCACUAAAUGUACAGAUUUCAGACCGGAAGCUGGAUUUUCAACUGACCUUUCCAUCGCUCCAAACGAACGGACGUUAUGCGGCAAAGGGUCAAUUAGCUGGAUUCGUGCCGUUCGAUCGGUCCGGGAAAUGUUCAUUGCAGCUACGCGGACUUACAAUGCAUGGCACUGUAGUGUUUGAUCUAUGGAGAAGAUAUCUCUUCGUGCGCGAUGUUAGAAUCUCGUUUGCAGUGAAAUCUAGCCAGGUGGAGUUUGAAAAUGUGAUGCUACUACCAUGGAACACCUUCCUGUUUAAUCGGAUAGUUUCGGGACAGAUACCGGAGUAUUUGCGCAGCAAUCGCAAUGCGAUAGCGAUGAAAAUUCGUACCAAGAUUCGAUCCAAACUAAACGAAAUCCUGUGGAAAUACGAUUUACCGGAUAUUAUUCGAAUCAUAAACGCAACCGUUAGCACAGGGUGAGGAGAACAUUUGAAUCAGUCGACGUAAGUUGCAUACAACAUUCACUCGUAAACAAUUAAACUGUAUACAACCGCUGCGUUCAAGUUUGCCCAACUUGCAUGAUGUUUUGCACAUUGAAACAGGGUUCCUAGAACGAUUCAGCUAAACAUUGA